AUCAAGAUCGCAUAUGAGGAGAAGGGACACAGCAAUUCAGAUGGAUGUAUAGCAGCCUAACGGAAGGGUUUGUGAAAGUAAACAUUGAUGUAUCCAUCGUUCCAGGGAUGGGUUGGGUAUCAACGGGGGGUGGCAAUUCUGACAUAGUAGGCCGGGCCACCUUGGUUUACAAUUGGCUAGGAAGUCUCAACAAGGUUGUGCUUGAGUCUGAUUGCCCACUGGCAGUAUGGAAGCUAAAGAGCACGGCUGGUGCUUUGGUAGCUGAAGUCAAACCGUCAAAGGCUUGGGUGGGAGUUUGAGAUUGUCGCUGGUAUCACGUGUUAGGAAGGAGCAAAAUAGACUUGCAUGCGCAUGAAAUUGCAAAAAAUGCUCCAUGGAUGGCUCUAUUUCCUAUCUCUUGUAUGUCAAUAAGUUCAUGAUUUGAAUGAAAGCUAGUAUUUUCC